CUGUACCUUUCCAACACAGGGGAGUUCCUUGAUGGUUGCAAUUCCCCGCACCGCAUUUUCAGUCGGUUAUUCCACUCUCCACGUACCGUCGCGUCUCCCCGCCAUUAUAUCGAAGCGACAUCAUUGGAAGGUGCUCGAAUAAUAAGAUGGGUCGACCCAGUUCGGCUUCCAAGGCCCUUUGGUUUUUUUUCGGCUCCGCACGCGCCCACAUUGGGUAGUCCGAUGCGUCCCGGUAUAUCGAGUACAAUAACCACCUGUUUGCAACCCGUUCUUCGUCUGAUAGUCCUCUGCCGGAACUCUCUCCCAUCAUCCCUUACUAUACCAAGGUUUUUCUUCCUCUUGAUUACGACCCACCCCUAGGUGUGAAAAAGGUGAAGAGCACGAGCAAAAAUGGCGGACGGAAAAGACGAAAUACACGAUACGGGUGUUGCCACUGGCCCUGAGGCGCAGGACGAGGCCGCCUACGUUACGAGCCAUGAGAAGGCACAGCAGAAGAUUCUCCACGAUGCUCGGCUGGCUACGGAAAAGGAACGUUCUAUGACGCUUAUGCAAGGCAUCCGACUCUACCCCAAGGCCAUCGCCUGGAGUGUGCUGAUCAGUGCAUGCAUUAUCAUGGAAGGUUAUGAUGUGGCAUUGAUCAACAACUUUUACGCUUUUCCCGAGUUCAAGAAAAAGUAUGGCGAGCAGUUGCCUAACGGCGACUGGGAAAUCCCAGCCCCAUGGCAAUCGGGACUGAGUAAUGGUGCAAAUGUCGGCGAGCUGAUCGGCCUACUCCUCAACGGCUGGAUCUCAGAACGAUUUGGUUAUCGAUGGACAGUCAUUGGCUGCCUCGUACUCAUCAAUGCUUGGACGGCUAUAUUCUUUACUGCGCAAAAUGUGCAGGCGUUGCUGGUCGCUGAGAUUCUGUGCGGUAUUCCAUGGGGGGUCUUUCAAACAUUGUGCAUCACAUAUGCUUCCGAGGUGUGCCCCGUAGCAAUGAGAGGCUACCUGACCACUUAUGUUAACUUUUGUUGGGGUGCCGGUCAAGAAAUCGCCAUAGGCGUUCUUCUUUCCAUGUUGAAGAGGAACGACGAAUGGUCAUACCGCAUUCCAUAUGCACUCCAAUGGAUGUGGCCCACACCCUUGAUCAUCGGCAUUUACUUUGCGCCAGAGUCUCCUUGGUGGCUCGUCCGUCACAAGAAGAUCGACGAGGCCAAGAAGUCACUGCUCAGACUGACGAGCCUCAACAAGGAGACUGAUUUCGAUGCGGAUGAGACACUCGCUAUGAUGGUUCACACCACAGCCUUAGAGGAGAAGACUACCGCAGGAGCUUCGUAUAUUGACUGCUUCAAGGGGCACGACCUUCGUCGCACCGAGAUCGUCUGCAUGGUCUGGGCGAUUCAGAACCUCAGUGGCAACUCAUUUUCUAAUUACUCGACAUACUUCCUGACACAGGCUGGACUUGACUCCAACGCCUCGUAUAGCUUUGCACUUGGACAGUAUGCAAUGAACAUGGUUGGUGUUUUUGGUGCAUGGUGGCUUAUGAGUCUUGGAAUCGGACGCAGGUCUCUAUACCUUUAUGGCCUCUGCGGCCUGUGCUCCAUGCUCAUGGUCCUUGGCUUCCUCGGUCUCGUACCCGAAGAACACCGAAGGGCGGGUGCGAUCGCUACCGGCAGUAUCAUGCUUUGCUGGGCUCUCGUGUACCAGCUCACCGUCGGCACAGUCUGUUACUCGCUCGUUGCCGAAAUCUCCACACGCAGACUUCAGAUCAAGACUGUGGUGCUCGGGAGGUGUCUCUACAUCAUCGUGGGCAUAAUCACCAGUGUUCUUACACCUUAUAUGUUGAACCCGGGUGAAUGGAACUGGCGCAACUAUGCCGGCUUCUUCUGGGGCGGUAUUUGCUUCUGCUGCAUCCUUUACACCUACUUCCGUGUACCGGAACCCACCGGCCGCAGCUUCGCCGAGCUUGACAUGCUCUUCCAGAAGGGUAUCAGCGCGAGGAAGUUCCACUCAACCGAAGUCGACGUCUUCAACGCCGACGUCGACGGGACGCUGAUGGACAAAUACCAGAAACAGCAGUUGGGUACCGCUCACCAUGUCGAAAAGACCGCCUGAUGGGGGCUGUUGUGGGGGAAACCGCCACAAGGGGGAUGAAUUUCCCAAGGAGUGUGAUCUUUUUUGCUUACCAUUAUUCUUUUGCCAUCAUUAAAGGAGGAUCCGAGAAGCGAACCGAGCCAUGAAGAAAAUGCUACACGAGGCGACGAAUUUGGAAAACAAAAAGGGUUGCCUUUGUCGCAAGAUCCCAAUCUCGAUUGAAAGCAUUCACAAAUCGCACAUGAAUAAUCACAAGACGCUGGAUGUAUACGAUACCCUCUGUCGCUUUUCUUUCUCUUUAGGAUGGGGCUAGAGUUAGUAUAGCCAUGGCAUCGAUGGGAGGCUAUUGAUUGUCGUUUUACAAGGCAUUUUCUUGCGUUGCACUUUGAAGAUUGAGAUACCACUUGUGUUGAUAAAAAGUUCUGGCUACAUUAUCGUUGGAAAUAACACCUGCACCUGAAGCCGCGUGGCAUUCACACAUACUUCAUGCGCCAACUGUGAGCUAGCAAUCUGGAGCGUAGCAGGUCAAUCAAUAUGCC